AAUCCGUGACCCGCCCGGAGCGGGAGGGAAGUAACAACAACAAGUAAAUAAAUUCCAAGUCCAGUGUUUUUUAUUUGAUGAUACAAGUAUUUUGAAUUUUUCGAAAGAACGAAUAUAAUUAUUAGUGAAACUAUGGUUGACAUCAAUGACUUGAGCACCGUUGAAAUCAGUUCUAUUAAACCAAUAAACAAAGAUUCAGUGCAUAAAAUUUGCUCUGGUCAAGUAGUUCUCAGUUUAGCAGUAGCAGUCAAGGAACUUGUGGAAAAUUCUCUGGAUGCUGGUUCCACUAAUAUUGACAUAAGGUUCAAAAACUAUGGUCUUGACCUUAUAGAAGUAUCUGACAAUGGAUCAGGCGUAACAGAAGAUAAUUUUGCAGCUCUAACAUUAAAAUACCACACAUCCAAGUUAAGUGACUAUGGCGACUUACUUGGAGUGUCAAGCUUUGGCUUUCGAGGAGAAGCUUUAAGCUCCUUAUGUGCAUUGGCUGACCUUACUAUUACAACUAGACAUAAAAACAGUGAAUAUGCAACAAAAAUUGAAUAUGAUCAUAAAGGAAAUAUCACUAGUAGGCAGCCAUGUUCAAGACAAAUUGGGACUACUGUAACAUUGACAAAUCUGUUCUGUUCACUCCCAGUGCGUCAAAAAGAGUUCAGCAAAAAUGCUAAGAGAGAGUUUAAUAAAAUGACUAACUUACUAUACGCAUAUUGCUUAAUAUCUACUGGAGUUAGAAUAACAUGUAGUAACCAAACAAGUUCCAAUUCAAAGUCUGUAGUAGUGGCAACUCAAGGUUCAAUGUCAUUUAAAGAUAAUAUUGCUUGUAUAUUUGGUAUAAAACAGUUACAAAGUAUCCUCGAGAUUAAGUCAGAAUGUGUCUCAAAUAUAAAAGACAACAUAUUGAAAGGUUUAUCAGGUGAAGUAAAGGAAAAUCAGGAAUCAAUAAAUAUAGAAGAUGUGGAAAUUGAUCUGUCUGAAGACUCCAAUGAUGCAGAUAAUGUUAUUAAUAAUUCCCAAGAAUCUGUAACUAGUUCACAAAGAUCGCAAGGCUAUAAAAACCUACCAGACCCUGUAAAACUUAUUGGUUUUAUAUCUUCGUGUGCCCAUGGCAGUGGUAGAUCGAGCACAGACAGACAAUUUUUUUAUGUAAACUCUAGGCCUUGUGAACCAACUAAAGUUAUAAAGUUGAUUAAUGAAAUAUAUAGACAGUAUAAUCCCCACCAAUACCCAUUUGUAUUUCUAAAUGUUAAUGUUGAUAGAAUUUCUGUAGAUGUUAAUGUUACUCCAGAUAAACGAAAGUUAUUUCUAACUAAAGAAAAAGCUGUAUUGGAUGUUCUUAAACAUUCUUUGUUGAAGAUGUUUGAAAACAUACCAAAAACAUUAAAAGUAGAGCAUUGUGCUAAUAAUACUUCUCAAAAAGUAGAACCUGAGCUAAGUCAACCUAGGAUUUUUCAAUCUUUUAUUAAACAGUUCGGUAAUAAAACAAACUCAUCCAUUGAUAAGGAACCACUUGAAAAAUCAGAAUUAAAGAGAAAAUCUACAUCAAACUUAGACAGUUUUGUAGCUAUUAAAAAAAGCCAUACAUCUAAAAUGAUACCAGAAUCUGAAGUCAUUGCUGACAGUGAAGAUUCUGAAACAGAAAUCAUUUUUGAACAUUCUGAUAAAGGUGACAUGGAUAUUGAAGCAAUAGAUAAUAAUGUUUCCUCUAAUAAAUUACUUAAAAAAGAAAACACGCAAUCUAAGAGAGAUAUAUUAUAUCUAGAGAAUACAGACGAACUCCCAAAUACUCAAAUAAGAAAUAUAACUGAUGUAGUUUUUGAAAAAUCACAUACUAUACGUUGUAGGCCCAAAGACAUCCAGCUAAAAACGCCUAAGACAAAAACACAGAAAAUUGUGACAGAUAAGGAAGAAUUAGGGAAAAGAACUAAAAAAAUAGUGAAUUUGAAAACAUCUUUAGAUCAUGUGAAAGCUUUAAUGGAUAUCUACAGUAAGAAAAAGGAUAAAUCGCAACCUGAUAGAAUAAAAUUUAGAUCUGCAAUAAAUCCUGUAUUUAAUAAGAAGUGUGAAGAAGAAUUGAGCAGAGAAAUAUCUAAAGAGUCUUUUAAGCAAAUGAUUGUUAUAGGUCAAUUUAAUUUAGGUUUUAUAAUUACACGUCUACACGACGAUCUCUUUAUAAUCGACCAACAUGCCACUGAUGAAAUUUAUAAUUUUGAAACUUUGCAGAAAACAACGGAAUUAACAAGUCAAAAACUUGUAAUUCCACAGCAACUAGAACUUACAGGAGUAAAUGAACAAAUACUAAUGGAUAACCUUGAGAUUUUUAAAAAGAAUGGUUUCACAUUUAAAAUAGAUGAACAAGCACUACCAACUAAAAGAGUAAAGCUUCUAACAAUACCUAUGUCUAAAAAUUGGAUGUUUGGUAAGGAGGACAUAGAAGAACUUCUUUUUAUGUUAAGAGAAAACCAAUCAGAAUAUUGCCGGCCAAGCAGAGUCAGGGCAAUGUUUGCAUCACGAGCAUGCAGGAAAUCUGUAAUGAUCGGAACAGCUUUAAGUAAGGCGGAUAUGCAGAUACUGGUUGAACACAUGGCUGAAAUUGAUAAACCAUGGAAUUGUCCCCAUGGAAGACCUACAAUACGACAUCUUGUUAAUCUGGCAAUGGUUGAAACUAGUGAAAAUGGAAAUUAAUUUUUUAACUUGUGUAACUGAUAAUGAUCAUAAUUAAUCAUGUUAAUUUUUAUAUCUUAGGAGUACCUUUUAGAAUUACAAUUUAAAUUAUUUCUUGUUGAA